UUUACCGUAUCGACGUACCUGUAUCGUAUCAGUACCAGUACUCGUACUCGUACCUGUGCUUCAUAGGUGUGACAAAGCUUCACAAAAUCAUUUGGAUCAUAUCGGAGCUCUUCCAUAUUUCACUGAAGUUUGUGGGUACAAUGGACCCAUUUACAUGACGUACCCAACAAAAGCUUUGGCUCCGUUGAUGCUGGAGGAUUAUCGGCGAGUGAUGGUUGAUCGAAGGGGAGAAGAAGAACAGUUCACUUCUGAGAACAUUGUGCAAUGCAUGAAGAAAGUUACAGCUGUGGAUCUGAAACAGACUGUACAGGUUGAUAAAGACCUUCAGAUCCGUGCCUACUAUGCUGGACAUGUUCUUGGAGCUGCAAUGAUUUAUGCAAAAGUAGGAGAUGCUGCUAUAGUGUACACAGGGGACUAUAAUAUGACACCAGAUAGACAUCUUGGAGCUGCUCAAAUUGAUCGACUACGGUUGGACCUUGUUAUAACAGAUAUCCUGUCAAAGAUUAAGAAUGCCUUCAGUUGAUCAAAAAAAAUUGAGGAUGCCUUUUAUGAACCAGAUCCUCCUCUCAUUGUUGAAAACUUGGU